AUGCAACGUUUCGAAAGCCCAGAAAGGAUUGAAAAGGAUGAUGAUAUAUCAAGAAUUAAAUUGCGUUCUUCUUCGUUAGCCGCCCCAAUUCUCGAAGCUGUUCAAGAAGCCCAGCCUUUUGAAGAAGCUACUUUUUCUAACAUCCAAAAGAUACAUCCUUUGACAGAAAACUCAACAUGCAAUGGCUACGCUACAUAUGAUAAAGAUGGAAAUUUGAAGUUCAUGAAGGAUACAUUUGGUAGAAACAUAAAUACGCCCGAUAUUUCAAAUCCAACUAGAGCAAGAAAUGAAAGACCCUUGGACACAAUACGUGGAUUUGAAUACUCCAUAACAAAAGAUCCCCGCUGGUUACAAGAGCUGGAAACAUUCAAAUUGGGAUUCGAAACCAGACCUGGAUUUGCCGUCAUCAAUCGAGAUUCACAGGCUUCAAUAAAUUUAUCUCAACUGGAAGAGAAAGUUAUGGAGAACCAAAAAAAAAAGGAGAAAAACCACAUGUCAUGGCUUUCUCGGUUACUUUGCAAGUGA